AUGAGCUCUCUUGCCAGCCCCAUAGUGGCUUCCGAGGCUCCAUGGGCCUUUCCUGCCAUUGCUGCAGUCCUCGGCAUCACCGCGCACUGGAGGUGGCAGAAGAAGCAACAGGCCUUUGUUGAGUCGGGCGCAUGUGCUGCAGCAGCCAGUUUGCUUGGCGCAUUCGCAGACAGUGCAAACGGCGCGAGCCAUUCGCAGCUCAAAAGUAGUCUUUACGAGUCCUCUGGGGAGUCGACAGAAUAUGUCUACUUGCAGAAUCGUGCAGGUUCUGCAGCAAAUAUAGCAUCUGCUACAGCUGCCACUGCCACACCUGCUGUUCCCGAGAAUGCGGGUGACAUGCUGCUGUUCUUCCACGGCGGACUUUGUGGGAGUGACCAGCUUCUGGCUUCAGGCCUGCGUUUCCCGCCCAGUAUUCAGCACUUGCUGCUAAUCAAUAGACGGGGAUAUUUGCGUUCGUGUGUUCCUACUUCGUGGGAAGAACUCCAGCAGCAGCAACCUUACAGACGCAAGAGACUCGCCUCCAGUGCUGAAGGAGCUACCUGCGUCACUGCGGAGGACAGAGCCCGGCUGUGCAGAAAUCGUCUUUGGCACCAGGCGGCGCUGUUCAACAACGUAGUAAGUCGCGUGCUGCAGCUGCAGAAGGAGCAGCAGCUCUCCGCCUCUGGAGAGCUCCAGAAACGCGAAGUUGGGCUCCACCUUCUGGGCGUUGGUGUUGGCUGUGCUCAUGCAAUUGCAUUCGGCCAUUUCUUUCCCGGUAGGUUGCGCAGCAUUUCUUUAGUCGAGCCCGUGCUGCAGUUGCAGGCGGAAACAGCAGGGGGACCUUUAGAGGCACACGUCUUAAACCGUGUUGCGGUAUACAGACGGCUACUGGAGCGUCUGCCCAAGGGCUCUGUUAGAGUCCCAGUGCCGCCUCCUAAAGUCUCUGGCCUUGAAUGGAUCGCCAGCGGCGCGGCGAGGUUGACGCCGGGGGCUGCACUCGCGGUGUUACUUCAGGCAAUGGCUUCAAAGUCGUGCCAAGCUCCACCCUCCAUCCAUCAGCUGUUGGAGGCAGGAAAGCAGCAGCCGCCACUGCUUCAGCAGUUGCUAUGCAAUCCUGGGGCCCUGGCUAAUUUCCCCGGUGGCUCAAAUUCAGAGAUUCCAGAGCACGUACAGCAGCAGCGUCAGACACUGAAGGAAAAGCAGGAGCUCUACAGACAGCUGCUGCUGCGAGUGCAACACGUCAGCGGCAGUUGCUUCUUGGCCGCGCGCCUUCCUGGGUUCAUUGAAGACUGCCUGCUGCUCGCACCAUGGCGCGGAGAAGCUCCAGAGACCAGCAUCGCAGGCUGGCUGUUUGAGUGUUUAGGAAGGCUGCAAGUGCCACGUCUGAUUGUGCUUGCGGGGAAGGGCAGCAACAGCAACAGCGAACUCGAGAGAUAUCGUAGUCUUUCAGGAGACUCUAGCGCGCCAGUAGAGGUUGUGGAUCUGCCUGAGGCUAGCCCGCAGACUCUCUUGCUGACACAUGCUACGAAGCUAAACGUGCUACUGCGGCGGUUUCAGUCUGGGACUGUUUCCACAGCCUCUUCGGCGGGCUGA